UCUAUUGUUUCUAUCAUAUAGAAAAUAAUUUUCAAUCUAUUAAUCAUUUUUUCUCUUCACGAUAUCAUGGAUCUAGAUGUAUUUGUUUUGGUAAACUCAAUUUCUUAUAGGAAAUCUAAAUCUAGGUCGUUGAACACUUACGGUCACUGUCAAGAAAAAGUAUCUAAAUCUGCACUGCAUUGCUCACACACAUUUAAUCAAACACAUGGUGGGCAGUAACAGUGGCAGUGGUACUAUCAUCAUCAACGAAGCAGAGAGUCCCUUGCUACAUCAACCCCACGACGAAGCCACUCUCAUACAACGAACAUGCUCCGAAUCAAACAGCCUUUGGCAAAUUGCUGCCCCUUCCAUCUUCACCCGCCUUGCCAUGUUCUCCAUCACCGUCGUCACGCAGUCCUUCGCCGGCCACCUCUCCGACAUCGACCUCGCCGCCUUCUCCAUUUCCUGCACCGUUCUCAUCUCCAUCACCUUCGGAUUCUUGCUGGGCAUGGCGAGCGCGCUUGAAACCCUCUGCGGCCAAGCUUACGGUGCCAGAAAGCAUCACAUGCUGGGAAUCUACCUGCAACGCUCGUGGCUCGUUCUCUUCUUCUCUUCGCUCUUCAUGAUUCCGAUCUUCGUGUUCGCAUCUCCGAUCUUGAAGUUCAUUGGACAGCCUUCAGCGGUUGCAGAACGCACCGGUUUGGUUGCCAUAUGGCUGAUCCCUCUUCACCUCAGCUUUCCCUUCCAAUUCUCGCUGCAGAGAUUCUUGCAGUGUCAGCUCAAGACACGUGUCGCGGCGUGGAUGGCAGGUGUUUCGCUUGCCAUCCACGUGGCAGUGAGUUUGGUUUUUGUGUCCAAGAUGAAGGUUGGGAUUGUUGGUGCUGCGCUUUCUAUUGGGUUCUCGUGGUGGGUUUCGGUUGUGGGAAUGCUUUCGUACACUCUCUUUGGUGGGUGUAAAGAUACAUGGACUGGUUUCUCUUCUGAAGCUUUUCUUGGACUCUGGGAAUUCUUCAAGUUAUCUUUUGCUUCUGGCAUCAUGCUUCUGUUAGAGAAUUUCUAUUACAGGUUGUUGCUUAUAAUGUCGGGUUAUAUGGACAACUCUGAGGUUGCUAUCGAUGCUCUUUCGGUUUGUAAUACUAUUUAUGCUUGGGAAUCCAUGAUACCUCUUGGAUUUUUGGCUGCAUCCGGGGUGCGUGUAGCAAAUGAGCUUGGCGCAGGCAACGCAAAAGGGGCAAAAUUUGCAACAGCUAUUUCAUUGCUAAACACUGUGGUGGUGGGAUUUAUAUUUUGGUUGAUAAUUAUGAUCUUCAAUGAGAAUCUUGCUUUGAUCUUUACAUCAAGCUCCGCUAUUGUCCAAAUGGUCAAUGAGCUGUCAAUCAUGUUGGCUUUUACAAUUCUAAUUAAUUGCCUCCAACCCGUUCUUUCAGGGGUAGCAGUGGGAUGUGGAAAUCAAGCAAUAGUGGCAUACAUUAACAUUGCAAGUUACUAUUUGAUGGGAAUGCCUCUUGGGAUCCUCCUAGGCUGGUUGCUGCCUUCGGGUAUUAUUGGUAUGUGGACGGGAAUGUUGAGUGGAACGGUGGUUCAAACGUUGAUUUUGAUCAUUAUUACGAUGAGAUGUGAUUGGGAUAAAAAGGUACUGAAAGCACAAGUUAUUGUCAAGGAGAAAUCACUAGUCUCCAACCAGUAACACCCAAGUACCCAACUUUCACGAGGGCGUAAAGAUUCGAACUCAUGUAUAUGCUUCGACCCUUUCUUUAUUUUUGUCAGCUGUUCUUGGCUGUGUAAUACUCGUUUAAUUUAAAGUGAAAAUUUAAGUCCAAUUGUCUUCAUCUAUUAAUUAUUAAUUUUACAUGAAAA